AUGCGCCCAUCCCUUGCGGUGCUGACAGCCGCCCUUCAGGCGACCGUCGGCAUUGCAUCCACCUUGACGCCGCCCGUUCUCCCUCUGAUCGUGCGGAAUCCCUAUCUGAGCACCUGGUUUGGAAAUGCCAGAGAUGAACCCUGGACCAAAUGGCCCAUGUUCUACACUGGCGAGGAGGUGGGCCUCUCUCUGAUGGCUCAUGUCCCUAGCACAGGCACCGUGUAUCCAUUGUUGGGCAAGCCUCACGAAUCCCUGCCUGGGUCACAAAUUGAUUUCCCGACAUACCUUGGAGCCAACUACGACGCAUCUACCACCAAUCUGACCUACCGCAUUGAUCCCUCCACCUCUGCUUCCCAUCCCCUGGAGAUCACCAUCUCCUUCUUGUCUCCCAUUACUCCUACAUCGACUCUGCGGCAGUCGAUUCCUGCAUCAUAUGUCACAGUCCAUGUCCACGGUGAAGUAAGCGUGAAUAUUUAUAUGGACAUCAAUGGAGGCUGGGUGAGCGGUGACACCCGAAGUCAUAUCUCUUGGCAGUAUGACGCGUUCGAUGCGAAAGACAAUAAACCGGCUUUGCGGAGAUGGCGAUACCAGAGACAGUCUGAGCUGCUGUUUUCGGAAAUCCGCGAUCGCGCCGAAUGGGGCACUCUUCACUUCACCGCGCCCGCUGAUGUCCACUUUCAGUCUGGCGAGGCGUCCGCCGUAAGGAAAACAUUCUUGACUCAGGGAGUCCUGGAUAACGUCAAUGAUGAGGUCUUCCGUGCCAUUGGAGACCGAGAGCCGGUCUUUGCAUUCUCCAAGUCAUUCGUCCUAAACCGGAAGGCUGGACCGACCAGCGCCAGCGUAACCUUUAGCAUUGCCCUGAUCCAUGACCCUGUUGUCCAAUAUGCCUCUGCACGUGGUUUGACUCUGAUGCGACCUCUGUGGGAGUCAUGGUUCCCUAGCGUCGACGCGCUCCUGAAUUUCCACUACCACGAUUUCUCCCAGGCGAGUGCGCUGGCCUCCAACUACUCGGAACAGUUAGCCAAGGAUGCCUAUCAGUCGGGCGCACACGACUAUGUUGACAUUGUCGCACUCUCUGCUCGACAGGUCAUGGGGGCAACUACCUUCUCUGGAACGCCUGAAAAUCCGAUCUUGUUUCUGAAAGAGAUCUCAUCCAACGGAAACUUCCAGACGAUUGAUGUCAUCUUCCCUGCAUUCCCGUUUUUCUUGUACACUAACCCGCGGUGGCUGGCCUACCUUUUGGAGCCGUUGAUCGAGCACAUGUUGAGUGGACAAUAUCCAAACACGUACGCCAUGCAUGACUUGGGAACUCACUUCCCGAAUGCCACUGGACAUCCCGAUGGAAACGACGAGUAUAUGCCAGUGGAGGAGUGCGGUAACAUCCUCAUCAUGGGUUUGGCCAUUGUGAACUCGCUGCGUUAUUCGGAAGAUUCUGCUGCGUCAUCCAUUUGGUCAACACAAGGCGAGAGCCCUCUACCUUCGGACGAUCAUCCUGGAUGCUUUCCUCUUGUGAAUCUCCAGGCACAUGGAGGUGUUGAUAAGCAGGAUGGAAGAUGGGGUGGUGGUAUACAAGGCCAACGUGAGGCGGAGAGGUGGCUCCAGCGCAGCUACCGUCUCUGGAAACAGUGGACUGGCUACUUGGUGGAGUUCUCGCUGGAGCCCGAGAAUCAGCUUUCAACGGACGAUUUCGCCGGCUGGCUUGCGCUUCAAACGAACUUGGCGCUCAAAGGUAUCGUCGGUAUCAAUGCCAUGAGCAAGCUAGCUGAGGUGGUUGGCAAUGAUGAAGACGCUUCAUACUACAAGGAUAUCGCAGAUAGGUACAUUGCCAAGUGGGAGGAGUUGGGCAUGUCUCGAGACCAGACACACGCGAAGCUCGCUUACGACUGGUACGGAUCGUGGACCACCAUCUACAAUCUAUACGCCGAUGCACUGUUGUGCUUCCAUCUGGAGGGCACCGAUAUCUCUCCACACGCCACGUCUGGCUCCAAACAGAGACCCCUCCAUCCCCACCCUCCUCACCCGCACAAGACGGGCUUCGUGCCCCGGCACAUCUACCAGAGACAGUCGAUUUGGUACCACAAUGUGCGUCAGAAGUAUGGCCUCCCUCUCGACAGCCGGCACUUGUAUACCAAGACCGACUGGGAGUUCUUCUCCAUGGCUGUUGCCAGCGAGAACGUUCGCAGCGAGGUUCUCGAAUCCGUCGCGAAAUGGGUCAACGAAACGGUCACCGACCUUCCGUUCACCGAUCUCCACAACACGGAAGGCAAGGGCGAGUUCCCUGGGCCGAACUUCUACGCUCGACCGGUAAUCGGCGGCCACUUCGCGUUCCUGGCCCUUCAGCGCGCCUGUGGGGGCCGGGCGAUGGAUGGGCUAGCCUAUCUAGACGAGGGGAACCACGUAUUCUCGACCAGCACGCUGGCGGACUGGAAAAAGGCCGCAGCUAAGGCUGCCGAACAGUUCCAGGCAUCGUCUGAGCCGGAAGAGUCUGCUGACAAUGGGUUUGGCUAUGGAUCUGAGAGUCUGGAACUCUGA